CUGUGCAGGAACAGGGCUGGCUCAAUGCCGGCAUACAAAAUAGAAUUCUGGAAAUAAUAAAUAAAAAUUUACAAAUAUGUUACACAAAGCGCUUCUACUAGUGCUUGCUAUUAUUCAAAUUAACGCCGCCGAAUAUGACACCUCAAUACUGCCAGAAGCCUAUGUAGAUGCCGCUCAACACUCGACACAUACAAACAACUGGGCCGUGUUGGUGGAUGCAUCGCGUUUCUGGUUCAAUUAUCGUCAUGUGGCCAAUGUGCUGUCCAUUUAUCGGUCCGUCAAGCGUCUCGGCAUACCCGAUUCGCAGAUCAUUUUGAUGAUUGCCGACGAUAUGGCUUGCAAUGCGCGUAAUCCGCGACCCGGCCAGGUGUACAACAAUGCGAAUCAGCACAUCAAUGUGUAUGGCGACGAUGUGGAGGUAGAUUAUCGGGGCUACGAGGUAACCGUCGAGAACUUUGUCCGUCUGCUAACGGGCCGCACUCAAAACGGAACAGCACGCUCCAAGAAAUUGCUCUCGGAUGCGGGCAGCAAUGUGCUCAUCUAUUUGACUGGACAUGGCGGCGAUGGUUUUCUGAAAUUCCAGGACUCCGAGGAGAUUACCAGCCAGGAACUGGCCGAUGGCAUACAGCAAAUGUGGGAGAAGAAACGCUACAACGAACUGUUCUUUAUGGUGGACACCUGCCAAGCCGCGUCGCUGUACGAGAAGUUCACAUCGCCCAACGUAUUAGCUGUAGCCAGCAGCCUGGUCGGCGAGGAUUCGCUAUCGCAUCACGUCGACCCCUCGAUUGGCGUCUACAUGAUCGAUCGCUACACCUACUAUGCACUUGAGUUUCUGGAGAAAGUGCAGCCCUUUAGCAAGCGCACAAUUGGCGAAUUUCUGCAAGUGUGCCCCAAGCGCGUCUGCAUCUCGACUGUCGGCGUUCGCAAGGAUUUGUACAGACGCGAUCCGCAGAAGGUGCCGAUCACAGAUUUCUUUGGCGCCAUACGUCCAACGCGCGUUUCCACUGAUCGCAUCAAUGUAACGCUGGCCAACGAAGAGGACUUCUACACUGAUUUCGAGCACAUGCCACCAAAGAAGCAGUUCAAGAUCAUCAUUCAGCCGCAGUUCAUAGCUAAAAUCAAUAAAUAAGACUUGGAGCAAAUAAAUUAAUUCC